AUGGCUGCCCCUCAGCAGCAACAGAGCCAUCUCGGCGGUGUCGGCAACAGCCGCUUGACCCGCGCCUCUAUCUCCGAUCCUACCUCGCUUCCAGAAAGCACCUCCUCGAGGGGCCCUACAGGAGCCGCAACGUCGCAAGCCCGGCGCAAUGAUGAAUCGUGGGUCGAGAUCGCCUCCCAGCCGUCCUCCUCCUCCCUCUCUUCCAUCAGCGACGACAUCGUCACCACGGGUCUGCGGGUCGGAAAUCAGUCCUACCCACCCCGGCGGAGACGACUGCAACACCACUACCACCAGUCCGUGGUGCAACAGCAGGCGCCGCAGUCCUACGUUGUGGACCAUGCCACAGCACGGUCGGGCACGAGCAGCCAAGAGGAGUAUGAUGAGACCGAGAGCGAGGAAGAUCGCCUGAUGACCUCGUCCACCGAGAAUAUGGACACAAGACCGGGGCUCGGUCUUGCGGGCCUCCAGCGAUCUCAGACCGCGAUUGGGCCUGGUGCCAGCGCCGACCUGUCCGACUCCGAGGAGGACGACGAUGGCACCGCUUUGGGCCGCCCGUCGCCGUCGCAAAGUUUCCGGCCGCAGCCUAAUGCAUUCUCACACCCGCCUGCCCACCUGAGCCAGCGCAGCUACUCCACAAACGCAGCCAUACCACCACCACCACACUACCUGCAUGGAAGGCCUUCACCGGCGUCUCACAGGUCGCACAACCGGGCCCGCCCAGAUUUCAGGAACCCAUCCUACCAGGCAGAUCGGGAUGAGGCGCUGCGCGCAUCUCUCACCACCCUCCUCUCCUGUGCGGCGGCCGCUAAGAACCUGCCGGGCCGGAGGGGCCAUGCUGCCAACGGCCCCUCCUCUUCGGGAGAGCCGAUAAUGGGUGCAGGGGUCGGUCCGAGCACGCAGCCGAUGGAGCUGAGGCUGGUCCCGGAGUCGGAGCUGGGAAAUAACGAGACCUCCUCACCGCUUAUGGGUCCCGCGGCCCAAAAGGUAGCCCCAGGUUCACGGCAGCCCACGACCCGGACCUCGUCCAACUCGAGCGCGCAGAGCCAACCAUUGUCCGUCUCCUCCAAGCAGGAGAAGGGGAAAAGAGUUGCGUCUACUACAGGACAGCCCAGGUCACAGAGAGCGGCCAAAAAGAAGAGGACGUCUGUGUCGGCCGUGGACGAAAGUACUGUGACCUGGAUCAGCCCUACGACUCUGACCUGGGUGCUCGGCACUGGCGUCGUGCUGCUAGUCUCCGUCGUGGGCUUUGGCGCCGGCUUUGUUGUUGGCCGCGAGGUCGGCCGACAAGAUAUCCUCAGCUCUGCGAGCGGAACUGGGAGCAGCAUGAGCGCAGGAAUGAACUCGUCGUCCUGCGGCGGCGAGGUCAUACGCAGCACAGGCACGGGCACGUUACGGAGAUGGCGGUGGGGUACAGGUGUGGCCCGGAGCGUGAUUGCCUAG